GUGAGGUCGCGAGGCACAGCGGUGGUGCUGAAGCAGGGCUUCAGUCGCAGCAUCACAGAGCGAAUCCCAUUACAUCACUUCAUCCACAUCUGAUUGGCUGAAGGUCAAUGGUUUACGAUCCAGCAAGUCGUCGCUGAACAUUUCGGCCGUUCGGAAAAACAUUUUUUUAUCGGUUUUUCUGCCCCACGACCCUUAAAAAACGAACACGGCAUCGCAAUGGCAGAAAGCGAGGCAGAUACGCCAAGCACCCCGAUAGAAUUUGAGAGCAAAUACUUUGAAUACAAUGGAGUGCGACUGCCUCCGUUUUGCAGAGGGAAGAUGGAGGAGAUUGCCAACUUCUCUCUCAGGAGUAGUGACAUAUGGAUAGUAACAUAUCCGAAAUCAGGGACCAGUCUCCUGCAGGAGGUGGUGUACCUGGUGAGCCAGGGGGCGGAUCCGGACGAGAUUGGGCUGAUGAACAUCGACGAGCAGCUGCCGGUUCUGGAGUACCCCCAACCGGGCCUCGACAUCAUCCAGGAGCUGACGUCACCGCGUCUGAUCAAAAGUCACCUGCCCUACCGAUUCCUCCCCACUGCCAUGCACAACGGGGAGUCCAAGGUGAUCUACAUGGCGCGGAAUCCCAAAGACCUGGUGGUGUCCUAUUACCAGUUCCACCGCUCCCUCCGCACCAUGAGCUACCGGGGAACCUUCCAGGAGUUCUGCCGCAGGUUCAUGAACGACAAGCUGGGGUACGGCUCCUGGUUUGAGCACGUUGAGGAAUUCUGGGAACAUCGCAUGGACUCCAACGUACUCUUCCUGAAGUACGAAGACAUGUACAAGGACCUGGGCACCCUGGUGGAGCAGCUGGCCCGCUUCCUGGGCAUCGCCUGCGACAAGGCCCAGCUGGAGGCCCUCGUGGAGAGCUGCCAUCAGCUGAUCGAGCAGUGCUGCAGCUCUGAGUCCCUGUCCAUCUGUAGGGGGCGCGUUGGCUUGUGGAAGGACGUCUUCACCGUUUCCAUGAACGAGAAGUUUGACGCCGUGUACAGGCAGAAGAUCGGCAAGUCGGACCUCAGCUUCGACUUCAGCCUGUAGAAAGUGACCAAUGGAAAGACCCCUCCCCCCCCAUCCCUGCUUCCCGCUGCAUGCCCGACCGAGACCCACAGACUCUCCCCUCCACACCCAUCUACUGUACCACAGGACCAGGACCGUGCCUGUAACCAUGACCAUGACCGUGCCCGACCGAGACCCACAGACUCUCCCCUCCACACCCAUCUACUGUACCACAGGACCACGACCGUGCCUGUAACCAUGACCACGACUGUGCCCGACCGAGACCCACAGACUCUCCCAUCCACACCCAUCUACUGUACCACAGGACCACGACUGUGCCUGUAACCAUGACCAUGACCAUGACCGUGCCCGACCGAGACCCACAGACUCUCCACUCCACACCCAUCUUGGACCACGACUGUGACCACA